CUCUUUGUUCUCCAUUAUUCCCUUCUUGUUCUCUCUAGUCUUUCCAUCUCAGUCUUUAGUCUUUACUCUUCACUAUCUCCGAUAUCUAGUUCCCUUCUUUCGUUUGAAAGCUUAGUAGCAGUUUCUUGCUCUGGGUGGGGGUGGGUGUGGGUGGGAUGGGAGGAGCGGCGGUGGGGAUACUCGUGGUGGUGGGUCUUAUGAUGGUGCUGGUGGCAAGAAGAGCGGUGGAAGGGGCGACGUGGUGCAUCGCGCGUAGCUCGGCGAGCGCGACGGCGUUGCAGACGGCGCUGGACUUCGCGUGCGGGGCCGGGGCGGACUGCCUGCCCAUCCAGGCGAGCGGGCUGUGCUACCUGCCCAACACCCUGCCCGCCCACGCCUCCUACGCCUUCAACUCCUACUACCAGCGCUCCAACGCCGCCCCGGGCUCCUGCGACUUCGCCGGCACGGCCACCGUCAGCGUCACCGACCCCAGUUAUGGAUCAUGUACGUACCCUUCAUCUAAAAGCACUGCAGGGGGCUCAACAUCCAACACUCCCAACUUCAAUACUCCGACGAACACACCGAUAAAUGCACCUAUUGGUGGCACCGGUGGUGGUAUUGGUGGGCUGAGUCCCCCAGGGUUCGGCACGACGGUGCCUAACUACGGUACCUCCUAUGCUUCUCGUCUGCUUUUCCUCCUGCUAUCGACUUGCAUUGGCUUCCUCCUGCUGCUCCUUUGAUGGAUUAGACAGGCUGAUACAGUCUCCAUUUUUUGUGAAAUCGUCCACAAUUUUGUUGAAGAAUUGGUGGCCUUUUCUGCAAGUUGUUUAGAAACCAAGUAGUGCUAGUCUUGUAGUAUUUAAAUGUUUGCAAGGAGGGGAAUAGUUGGUGGGGUGGUGGGCAGUUGGUAAGGUCCUAUGUUGGGGAUGAAAAAGUUAGGGACUUUAUGAGUGAAAUGUCAUGCUAGUCUUCUCUCUCAAAAGAGGUUGUAAAGUUCUAUUCUUAGGUCCCAUGCAAACUUUUAGUGCAUUUUUUCCUAAUUGAAGAAUCAGAUUUUGAGUAUAA